AUGGAGGAUGAAGAAGCCAAAAAGGUCCAGAGUGCGAUCAAUACCAUUCUAAAAGCAGCGCAUGCAACACAUCGGCUUUCUGAGAAGAUGCCCGAUAGCCCAUUCGAAAUGGAUGCUUCCCAGUCGACCAGAGACGACAUAGACAAGACCGAGUCAAAUAGCGAAUUUGCGUGGAAAAUUGCUACCAAGCUCCACGCCAAGAACUUCAUAAGGCUGGUGUCUAGGAAACCGCCCAUCCUGCAUACAAUUUACCGUUUGCUUAAUAAGUUGCAAAUGGGUGACUGGGGGUAUCGUGUCAAUAUUGCAGAGAUGCAGCGCAUGCACCUCCGAGCUCUGCAAGUUGGCCUUGUGGACAAGGCAGUUAAGAUGCAAGUCCGAGGUGGUAAAACGGAAGCCGAAGCGAUUGAAAAGGAUGGAAGACUCUUAGCAGGCCUGCUAAGGGAAUACACCCAAGCUGUACAAGACUAUGAGUACAUGACGAAAGUCUCCCAACAGGCAUUCGAUUUCUUCAUCGCGUCGAGUGAACGAUACCAAGACAGCUACGUUCUCGACCAGGUGAUGCUGAAGAACGGAGUAGGUGCUAGAAACUUCGCCGAUCCGCCGCGCAUGACGUACGAGUCCAUGAAGCUUCAUGCUCUGCCCACUGGUCCUUGGGGCAAUGAAGAGAACCCAGAGCCUCUUGGCGGAACGAGGAACGCAUCGGCCAAGGCAGUGCUCCGUCGCAAUUUCUGGUGGAAGAUCAUGGGCGCAGUGGUUGGAGGGGCUUUCCUUGUCGGUCCUAUGUGGCUGCUAGUACUGCAGCGAGACUUGUAUCUCAACCUCGGAGUUGCUACGGCGUUCACAUUUGCUUUUGGGUUCCUCAUUGUUGGCUGUGUUGAUCAGCUGGACCAAGUCUUCGCAUCCACUCUUGCAUAUGCUGCGGUUCUCAUGGUGUUCGUCGGAGUCAUGUUUGACAAGCAAUUCCCAGAGGGUGUGUAG